AUGGUUCACCUCUUCCGUGCCCUGGCGGCCCUCUCGUUUUCUGCGUCUGCCCUUGCCCUUCCUGCUCUCUCCUCUCGGGCCCAGGCGGCUAGCGAGCACUGUGGAGACUACGACUACGUGAUUUUGCAGGACACACCAUGGAUCGUCUACAACAUGCUCUACAAUGCGAACCAGAUCGUCGGCACGCAAUGCACCAACUAUGACCAGGUGACCACAUCUGACAGCGGAACUAAGGAAGUCGUAUGGAGCAGUGUGACAGACAUUGAAUAUGUCGAGAGCACGAACAAUGUGCCCAAAGGCUACUCUUUCGUGGGUCUCACCCAGAACCUCGAAACAAAGUUGUCGGCCAUCGACUCGAUUCCGAGCACUUACAGCUGGACUCGUACCAACACAACUGCUUACAAGGGAAAUGUCUGCUUCGAUUUCAUGACGAACGACGUCAAGGGUGACUCUACCUCUGCUUCCUCUCGGGAGCUGAUGCUCUGGCUGCAGUACGAGGGUGGACAGCUUCCCAUCGGUUGGACCAACGGCGCUGUUGCCACUAUUGACAAUCUCUUUGGCACCUCUUGGAAAUUGUAUGAAGAUGUCAACGAGGAUACCGGCAUCACCGUCAGCACCCUGAUGCCCGAGACGCAAUUCGAGGGAACCUUCACCGGUGAUUUGAAGGAUUGGCUACUUGCCUUGUCCAAGCUGGGACGCUUUACUGAGUCGACCUAUGUGAACGUCGGUAAUGCUGGAACCGAGUUCUUUUAUGGAGACUCUGUCAUGAACGCUACCCUCGGAUUGCAGAUUAAUCUUGCAUAA